UCUGCUGCUGCUUGUUUCUGUCCUCGUCCCAACGAGGGACCUGUCAGUUUGCAAGGCGUAAGGCGGAGGCUGCCUUGCCCGGUGAGUCAGCGUCAUCUUGCAAGAAGAAGUGGGGACAGGAAGGCGGCAGCAGUGGAUGGACGCAACAUGGGCUCAGACGAGGCCUACAAUUUUGUCUUCAAGGUUGUCCUGAUCGGAGAGUCGGGUGUCGGCAAGAGCAACCUGCUGUCCCGUUUCACCAAAAACGAGUUUAACCACGACAGUCGCACCACCAUCGGCGUGGAGUUCAGCACGCGGACGGUGCAGCUCAACACCUUCUCCAUCAAAGCCCAGAUAUGGGACACGGCGGGGCUGGAGCGCUACCGGGCCAUCACGUCAGCGUACUACAGAGGGGCAGUGGGGGCCCUGCUGGUCUAUGACAUCACCAAACACCUGACCUAUGAAAGCGUGGAGCGCUGGCUGAAGGAGCUUUUCGACCACGCCGACCCCAACAUCGUGGUCAUGCUGGUGGGCAACAAAUCCGACCUGGAGUCCGAGAGAUCGGUGCCGACGGACGAGGCGAAAGAUUUUGCAGAGAAAAGAGGCCUGCUGUUUCUCGAGACCUCCGCUUUGGCGUCGACUAACGUGGAGGUGGCAUUCAACACGGUCCUAACAGAGAUUCACAGAAAGGUGAGCAGUAAGGAAGUGGGGCGAGGCUCCAUCAGCGCUGUCUCCUUGGAAACCUCCAUAGUGCAAAGCACAGAGGAGAAGAAACCUUGCUGCAAGAACAUCUAAGCACCCUCGGAAUAGCGGGGGACCACAGCGGAAGGAGGGUGGGGGUGUCAGACCGCCCCGUCAGCCCGGCGAGAAGUGCAUGGCCAGAGUCCUGGCAUCACUGGAGCCGACUGAUUUGAACUUGUGGAGGCUGCAGGGUGACAUAGUGGAUUCAUGAUGAUGAAUCAAUCAGUGUCCUGCCAGGUAUAGAUCCUAUGAGUGAAACAUGCAACCACCUGUCAUUUUAUCCAUGCACAAAAUAAUAACAUGUACUGUUUUUAAUACAAAUUAUGAUUGUGUUUUUUGCUUGGUGGCUAAUAUUUCAGAGGUUGAUGAUCUACGCUACUUAUUUCUGCCCAGAAAUAAAUGAUUGA